CGCUGUGCUUUGUGAAUGGCCCCGUUGUCUUUUGGGAUCUGUCAUGUCUGCAGUCUCUGGUCAUCUCCUGUACUAUGUCUGCAGUCUCUGGUCAUCCCCUGUACUAUGUCCGCAGUCUCUGGUCAUCUCCUGUAGUAUGUCCGCAUUCUCUGGUCAUCUCCUCUACUAUGUCCGCAGUCUCUGGUCAUCCCUGGUACUAUGUCUGCAGUCUCUGGUCAUCUCUUGUACUAUGUCUGCAGUCUCUCGUCAUCUCCUGUACUCUGUCCGCAGUCUCCGGUCAUCUCCUGUACUAUGUCUGCAGUAUCUGGUCAUCUCUUAUACUAUGUCUGCA